AUGCCUCGCGUCUACCCUCCGAUCGAGGGAAGACAGGCUGGUGCUGGCUUGUCUCCUUCGCUCAUAGAGACGGUCGCUGGUUUCAGCGCCGGAAUAAUUUCGACUCUGGUUGUUCACCCGUUCGACGUUGUUAAAACACGCCUGCAGGGUGUGUCUUACUCUGAUCAUCUGGAGAUCUGGUCGUAUGCUAAACUAGGCCCCGUGCANGUGGAUCCGAGCACAACCAGCCAUCUGGGUGAUUCAGUGCGCAUAGUCAAGAACAUUGUCAGAAAUGAGGGUGGUUACUCAGCGUUGUACCGCGGCCUUAUGCCCAACAUGGUCGGGAACUCCGUCAGUUGGGCCUUGUACUUCCUCUGGUGA